GGGGGGAAUAGGAAAAAAUGAAGAUUUAAUGCUUUAUUAGAGACUGCAAGAACAAACAGUCCAGAUUUCAUCCCUGUCUUUCACCUCAGUGAUCUUUUUAAAAUGAAUCAGUAGGCAGCAGACAUGUUUUGUACAGUCCUGCUGACAGCAUGGUCUCGUGUUCUAUUAGGGAGAAUAAGGGGCUAGCAUUGAGACUGUUCUGUAUAAGCUUUCACAGAAUAAUACUUGCUUUGUAAAAGGAACUUUGUGCUGGGGAGAGGGCAAAGGAGUUUGAGGGAAGAGGUCUCAAGUGUGGAGUGUCUGCGUGAUUUUCAAUGUGCAUGAGGCUUGGUUUGUUAGAGUGGGAAGAAAACACUAAGAAUUCUGUAGACAUCAUUAAGUUAACAACUGUACUGCUCUCUGAUAAGUGAAUGGUGAAUAAAGUAUUCUUAGGAGCAAAGUCAACUUUCUCAUCUUUUAGCACAAUUUAGUAAUGUUUGUUGGGCUCUGCUUCCUGCUUACAUCACUCGUUACUGUUUGUUUUGGUGUUACUGCUGUGGAAACCCAUGAUAGGAGAGGUGGGGUUCUUUCUGUUUGUUUUUUUUCUUAUGUAUGGUAAAAUCAAGGAAAUGCAGAAUUCACACACAAAUGAGUUUAAUUUGGCUCCAAGAAGUACAGAAACAAGCAUGAAGACGUGAGAAGAACUGGUUACAUUUCUUUAACAACUGAAGUGCUUUCUGUUGUGUCUUGGUGUUUUUUGUGCAUUUUGUGUUUGUUCUGGGAUUUUUAUGUUUUUUCUUUACCUUCAAACUUAGUGGGGAGAGAAGUGAGAAUAUCGUACAGGUAUGAUUUGUUGCCUGGAAUGCCUUUCACAUUUAUUUCUUUUCUUGUCAUUUGCAGAUAUCAGGUUUGCAAAGAAAGCAGUGCUAAAUUAAACUUUUUUUUUAGUUCUGUGGUGAAAGUAUUCCCUGGGUAUUUGACCAUAAAAUAUAAUGACAUGCCUGGAUAGUAAGCCAAGGAACUCCUGCCAUGUAGAAGUGCAUAACUUCUGAGAUUAGGUAAAACUUUCUUCAGCUAGCAUAACUGUAAACAAAGUAUUAAUCAGUGAGUUGUUUUUCAUUAUGACCUUCUGCCAUUAAAGGAACAAAGAGCUUUUUCUGCACAUUUUCCUGGAAAAAAAAAGGAACAUUUUCUUUCCUCUAGGUAAAAUGAUAACAAUGGCAACUAGUGAGUCGCCAUCAGGAGUGAAACUUUCUUGGAAGAAGUAGCUAAAAAUGCACUGCAUUCCUUUCACAUGAGUGAAUAAGUUCUGUAAAUUGGUGACUUCAUCUUAGCAAAUACAAAUCUUCCAAGUGGUGUGGGGUAGAUGUAAAAUAUACGUUGUGAAUUAUAACACAUACAGCAAGAUAUAUUUGAAAUAGAUAUGCAUGGUUAUAGAUGUGAUUUGUGUAUGUUAUACUGUGUGCAUAUAUCUUCUGCUGCCAUGAAGAGUUAGUGAGGUUCUUUUAGAUUCUAGAGUCUUACAGGAAGAGUGGGGCAGUGAAGACAGAAAGAUUGUGCUUGUUAUUUUGGGUCUUAGAUGUGGUCAAGAGAAUAAGGUGGUAUCUGUUGCACCCAUUCAACAUCAUGUUAAAUGUAACUGUGCUUCAGGCACUGCUCUAUGUGCAUCUCUGGUCUGUUAUUGUCUUCAUCCCUCUUUGUGCCUUGCUUUUAGUCUGAGGCUAUCUAGCUGCUGCUUGUGAAUGCAUUGGCUUGGGCCAAGGGGAGGGAGAAGAGAGGAGGAAAAGCAAUAAAACCAAUUUUCCUGCAAGACUAAAGAUCCUAGUAAGUAUGUAGAUUUGCAGGUCCAAAAAACAAAUAUUAGAAGAUAUUUGGGCAAAAGCACAGAUUUAAAGGUAAAAUACACAUGUAUCAUGAAAAUGAAUACCUCGCUUCUUUGAUUACUACUCCUAUUUUAAACAAAAUGACAGAUCUAUCUUUAGAAUGCCUCUUUUAAAACAGGUUGUUGGGAGGAGCUGGACUUGGUAGACUUAAAAUAACUUUCAUUAAUCUUUAGGAAAGCUGGCUGGCCUGUGGCCUAUAAGUUGGGUGUAUUAUCAAAUGUAAGGCCCUUGCGUGGUCGCAGGGGCUUUUCUAGAAGUGAAGGUGCAUCUGAGAUUCCUUGGGGCUUUAGCACACUCAGUAGCCCAUGGUACAAGCCAUGAUCUGUCUGUAAAGUAAUUCUGGUAGUGUCUCCAUUGCACUUGUCCAUAUGCAUGAUAACUGUAAAGCUGUCUACCUACCAUAAGGUCUUUGUGGACAGCUUGAGAGUACUCACCAUUUCUUGUUAUACAUGUUAUUGUAAGCCACUCAACUGAAAGACUGGAAGUAAGAGGCAGUGCUUACUUGUGUUCUUGUGUUGGAUUAGUUUUUCCUGGUGACCUAUACACGUAAGCCUAGGCCUUCCAGGAAGAGCAACAGAGAAAGGAUGGUAAAUCUUACUUUGCCUUCAGAGCAUUGGGUGGUAGAUGGUACUCUACUAUAAACCCUACUGUACUGUAGGGUUUUUAGAGACAGUGUCACAGUGUGUGUCAACGACACUGAAACUUUGUUAGCAUCAUAUGGGACUUUGUGAGGGGAAAAAACUCCACUUGUGCUGAGGUCUUUAAUAGCUGAUAGUCUUUUGACAGUAGACUGUAGUAGUGCCUUAAAUAUUUAUAUUCCGAGCUGUUUGAUAUUUAGCAAAGACAUCACAAUAAAAUAAAUUCUUAGUACUUGUGUGCUGUCAUAGUCUGCUGCAGUUCCUUGAUUUAUCCUUAUGUUUGUCCUGCUCAGAUUAUCUUUCAAAUAUCUUUCUUGGAUGGAGGCACUUUUUGGCAUCCCUCUUCCUGUGCAAAUAUUCUUCCUUACAAGAGCUUCUGCAUCUUAAUCCUAGUCAAAUUUUCCCUAGAAAUAAAUUCAUGCUUAAAGAAAAGCUAGAACAGAUUUGCCAUCAAUUAAAAUUUGUUAUGUUAAAUAACAAAUAUAGAGUGGUCUAUGCAGUAUUUUUCAUUAGAGAUCUCUUUCUCUAUUCUCAUAGUGUUCAUAGAAGUCUUAUGAGGGAGCCUGGAUAUAAAUGUUUGUGUUUUUUUUUCCCACACCAUUCUGGAAUUACAAGAAAUAAACUUUAAAAACUGAAGAAAAUUACAUUAAAUCUAUUUCAAAUUCCAGUUUGUUUCCCAACCAGAGAAGUCACCUGCAUGUAUAGAGUUCAGUAACAUAAGAUCAGGUCUCAGCAAUAAAGCAUGCACAGCACAUACAAUUUUUUCUUGAUGAGAUUUUGUUCUCUUUCCCUCCCACCCCCAUGCUUGGCUUUGACCUUGACUUUUUCUGGAAGUUUUCUAAGCUACAUUAGAAUCUGUUAAAGACAUCAUCUGUUAUGCUGUACUUCUUUUUUUCUGUUGUGUGUUUGUUUUGUUCCCCACUCAUAUUCGAGUGAGUUAAUAGCCCAGUAAUCUUCAGACCAGAGGAGUCCUGCUCUGUUAUAGUGAACUCAAGAAUGGCUUUAGCAGAAAUUGUUUCUGUUCUCGGAAUGUUGAGGGACACAGGAGAAAGAUCUACUAAAGAACAGUGAAAAUUCCUUAACCCUGUGCAGGGUUCUGCUCAAGUACUGCAACAACACUGACUGCUUUCUCGCUGUAUAGCCACAACCUUUCAAAUUGAGACAGGUCUCCUGCAGUGGAAUUACAUCCAUUCAGCAGUGGCUGGGUGUGGGAAUUGUGCCACACUAUCCCUGGCAAGCUGAAAGAUGGAUCGGAUCAUCUGCCAGGUGAUGCAUGAGUCCCCUCAUGGGGAGAGGAAGGGUGAGGAAGCAAACCCCUAGCUUGCUCUGGUCUUCUGGUGAGACUCACAGGAUGUAAAAGAAACCUUGUGGGAGAAAUGUCAAGUUGAACUUCUCCUUUCUUCUUUUCUUUUUUUUACAGCUUCCUCUCUCUGAACUUCUUAUCAUUGCACUUCAGCAGUUCCUCUUUAAGCAGGCAAGAAGUCUGUGCAGCUAGUGUUAUUUGAAGGCUAUAUUUGUUGUACGUUGACUGUUAAAUAAUAACAAAAAUAAAGAUUUCCAGUUUCCUGGUACCAUUUGUACUUAAUUAGUGGGAGGAAAUAGAGGAGAGAAAAUUGGGCUCUAAUCAUCAUGCAGUGAUAGUACAAGACAGUAGACAGAAGCUCCACAGUGAGGAAUUCUGAUCAGACAGAUUAAUUCCUGUCUGUGGCCCAGCACUGUAGUAGGUUGUUGAAUGUGCAAAAUGAACAAGGUCUCUGCCAAAUCUGAUUUAGCUGCACCUGUUCUUUCUGAGUAGCUGGAUGACCUCCAGAGAGCCCUUUCAACUUUAAAUCAUCUAUCAUCAUUAAAAGCAAGUAUAUGCAAGCUUUGAAAAUUACUGCUGUGAGAUUUCAUUUUAAUUCACCCAAGAUUUCUUAGGGCUCUUUUUUUUUCCCCUGCAAUUAUCAACAGUAAUCUUGAGUUUUGUAGCAUUACGUUCUUCUAACUACCAGAAGAUAAUUCUCCAUUCAUCACUACUAUUUUUUGUGCCACAGUGCUGCCAAGUUCAUUCAACAUAGGAGCAAAUUUAUUGUACAACCUUAUCAGUAUUUUACCACAUAGGAGAAGCCAGAGCUGGUGAAACAUAUUUUGAUUCAUAUCAGCCCAUAGGCUUCAUCAUGAUCUGUUUGUGUCUAUGAUUAUUCUGUAGCAUCCCAUAUCAGGAGAUGCUGUUGUCCUAUCCUCUUUAAAUCUAUUACAUAUAUAUGAAUACAAAUUAUGAAAUCAUAAUUUUAAAAAGAAGCCAGACUUAAGCACUUCCCAGAGGGUUUAACUUAAUAGGAUUGGGAAACAGGAUCUCUUAGACUUUAAUUCUUGGUCAUUUUCAAUGAAGUUGAUCAUAAACACUUGUUCUAAUCCAGGCUUAGACUAAUUUAUAGUAACUGCAAUGUUUCUUUUACUCAUCCAGGCAAACUAUUGGACAUUCAAAUUGAACCAUUUAGAUUUUUAAGACAACAAUAAGCUUCUACAAGUGGCUCUUCUAAAGUUAGCCAACUUUUCAUGCUGGAUUCCAGCAUACUCUGAAGGAGGGCAAACUCCAGUAAUUCUCACUUUGCUGCAACCAUUUAAAAUUCUUUACCCUUGAACUAUUUAAUCAUGAUCUCAGUCAUAUUUAUAUCAUUUUCCAUACUCAGGCUAUUUAAAUCCAUAUUGGCUAUGUUAGUCGUACCAGAUGGUUUUAGAUAGCUUUUGCUGUAAAAUGAAAAUUAAUGGCAGUAGGCACACAAAUCUCUUUCUGGCAGAAUUCCAGUUGACCUAUCUGGGCCGCUUCUCCCAUGAUUCCAUUUAUGGGGAAAAUUGAUUCCAUCCUGUACUCAGAUGUACACUCCCCUUCUAGUGUGUGCUCAGCUCACUGUAAUUCUGGGUCCUCCAUCUCAGCACCAGUUGUGUCUGUAGGAAGGCCUGGGGAAUAAACAUGGGCAAGCAGCAAUGAUGAAGCACAAUGAAUUUUAGGUGCUGAGAAUUUCCUGAGUUACAGCAGAAUCAGCUACUGGAAAGCAACACUCACUUCUGGGACUGAUGCUUCCUUACCACUGAAACAGAUCCUGUUAUGGCACUGUAUUUGAUGUACGCUGUUAGAUGCCUCCAAACUCAAAACUCCGUGUCUGCAAAUGCUAUUUUAUAUCCUUAGUAUUUUGGCAUGUGGUUACCUAGUUUCUCACUCAGAACAAAGGCAGAAGCUGAAACUGAAUGUGGAAUAACAUCUGAUUCAAUUCUGAGAGUGCCUAUUAAUUUCAAGCUAAACAUCUAUAAGAUGACCAGGCAACAUGGACAAGACCAUCCUUCUCUUUUGCAGCAAACUGAAGAACGUGCAUCAGAACAAGUCUGUCUUGUUUACUAAUUCAGUUUAUUUGCCUUAAGUUACAUAAACAUAUCCUUGAUGUGCUUUAUUUUACUGGGGAGGGAAUGUAAAAUCCUACGUCACUGAAGAUACUGGUGUUGAGAACGAUGACAGUGCAAGUAGGCUGGCUGGAUGCUGUCAGCUCAGUUGGGAUAGGGAGUGUAUUUUGGGUGGAGCACUUGAGGAGAAGAAUCUUGUGCUGCUCAACAAAUAAUCUCUACUUGUUUUUAGCCUGAAAGACCCUUAAAUGUUAGGAGGUUUGGGAAUAGUGUAUUUGCUUGUGAAAGCCAUUCUUUCUCUUGCUCGUAUUUGAUUGUUUUGGGAAUUCUUCAAAUGUUAAGGCCAUUUCUAGGUAUACUGCGCAGUAACUCUUCAUACACUAGUGAAGUUAGGUUUCUGUGCCUUAUAACACUGCAAUAAAAUAAUAAUUACUUCUAUUCUGCCUUCUCUCUUAAAAAAUAGAAAUAAAAAAAUUAAGGAGAUAAGAGCUUGAGCAUAAGAAAGUACUGCUGGUUUGGGGUAGCAACUGUAGAGAAUGGGUUAAUAUUUUCUUUGUGUUUUUGAGAGGCAAUUGCAAUCACACUUCAAAUUAAGCACUCCUCAAGGAUGUUUUUUUUAAAAAGAAAAACAAAACAGAACAAAAAAAUCCUAUCCUGAAAAUAGCAACAAUUAUGUCGCUUUAGUUUCCUUAUUAGAGAACUGUAUGGCAAACAGGCAUUGAACCAGAGGGAUUAUCACGUUACAAAGAAGAAAUGAAAUAAAGAGCUCACCCAUGUCCUGGGCUCAUGGAAGGGCUCCAAGAGGAGUGAUCUCCAGAUAGAGAUCCUUCCUUCUUGGGAGUCAGCCCUUAAAUGGGGUCUAGGAGGGGGGGAGCCUGGCUCCACCCCUUCCGGUCACUCAGGUGUUCACCUGUGCCCCUGCAGCUGACUCAGCACUCGCCUCAGGUGGUCAGUCAGAGGUUCAGGCUGUGAUUCAACAGUUCCCAUACAGAGAAUGUCUAAGCCAACGUUUUGUUCUUUAUGUAUCCAAUAUAGAUCAAAAAUAUAUAUAUAGUUGAGGAAAAAAAUAACUAUUUCAUCUUUAAAGUUAUCGUAGACCCAUAGAAUGGCUUGGGUUAGAAAGGACUUUAGAGAUCAUUUAGUUCCAACUUCUCUGCCAUGGGUAGAGUUGUCAGCCACUAAAUCAAGGCUGCCUACAGCCACAUCAAGCCUGGCCUUGAGCACCUCCAAGGAUAGUGCAUCCACAACUUCUCUAGGCAGCUCUGCCAGGGCCUCACCACCCUUUGAGUAAAUAAUUUCUGCCUAACAUCUAACCUAAAUCUUUCCUCUCUUAGUUUGAAACUGUUCCCCCUUGUCUUAUCCCUGUCAGACUGUGUGAACAGUCAGCCUCCCUACUGUUUACGAGCCCCUUCUCAAGCACCAGAAGGCUUCAAUGAGGUUUCCCCAUAGCCUUUUGUUCUUUUUUCUUGUCUCCAACCCAAGUACAGCACCUUGCAUUUGGACCUCUUGAACCUCACUAGGUUCCUGUGGGCACUUUUCUCAAGCUGUGUUUAUUUUGAGUGUCUACUGAUCUGCCUUCAUGUUAGCUCAUCUGUGUGAACUUCUUGAGCCAUUAGGCUUAGGCUUCCUUUCACAUAGAAGAAAUAAAUAAUUUCACGUCUCUCUGCCUGUCCUUGCACUUGCAAGCAGUAGCUGGAUAGCUGCUAAAGUGCAACUUCUUCCCAAAUAAUAAUCUUCAGGAAGACUUGUAGUUUUCUUAGGAUUAUCUUAUUGCUAUGAAGGCAGUGAUCCUUCAAAUAGAAAAUGAUUGAAACAGUAGCUGUGGCAUUGUUUCUUGUGCUCUCUUGAGUAAGUGGCUUGCAAGUAAUAUGUUCCUUCACUUUGGACAGAAGCAAGUUGAAAGAUGAACUGCUUAUAUCCUUGCAGAUUAAACUACAAUUUCAUUAUGAAAAAAAAACUUGCAUCACCACAUUUAAUUAAUGCUUGCAUUGUAUUAUUGUUGGCAGAACUAAGAUUAGUACUAGAACUUACCAUAGAAUCAUAGAAUGGCCUGGGUUGAAAAGGACCACAAUGCUUUGUUGUUUUUUUCUUUCAUGGUAAAUUAUGUCAGACUGGAAGUGAGCUGUCUCCAUCGUGAAUACUGUCCCUCCCAAAGAGUAUGCUCACAGCCUGCUGGAAGUGUUCUUCAUGCCUGGGAGCAGUGCAUGGGAGUAUGGGCAUGGGUUACCCUCUGCAUGGGCAGCAGCCUGCACACUCAGCUGUGACCAUGGUUGAUUUAAGAGUGGUGAUUCCCAAAGGUUUAGAGAGCUGGAAUGAGGCAUUGAAAUUUAGUAUAUUGUUUAAAUGCAUAAGUUAUGGUGCUUGAUAUCUGUUUCUCACCUCAAACUUUUCGGUGCUGCUCGCUAUCCACUUAAAUGUGCCAAUACAUCGAUAUACUGUGUGAAUAUUUGGCCUCUGUUAUGCACUGGUUUUUGUAUUCUCUCAAAUUACUUCUGUGUUAUAAGUUGGUUGUGUGUCUUUUUAAUUAUUUCACAGUGAAACACUGUGUAUCAUUUAUGGUCAUUGUUUUCACUAACUGCUGUUCAUCUUUCUCCUUGGGAAGUAAGCUGGUAUUAGUUCAACUGAAACAAAAUUAUAAAAGGUAUGUUCUGGUCUCCAUCACUGUCAGAGUAGUUUCAAAAAUAUUAUGCUAAUCACUUAAAUGUUUUCUUUAUUUUUAUCUGAUGCUCGGGCUAUUGAUAUCAAAGUAGAGUCUGUUUAUUUCUUGAUCUUCUGUAUUUUGUCAAGUCAUAUGCUGCAGAUCACUUUGUCCUGACAGCUGGAUUAAAUACCUCUGAACUUGGACUUGAGGUUUUACAGCUUCGCACUGUGGUUUCACAGCUACAGACAGAGCUGUAAGAUGGGCUUGGGCCAUGAACAGGGAUUUGGUGCCCCCUGCUUAAAAUGCAAGGAUAAGUGUGAAGGAUUUGAGCUUCAUUUCUGGAGAAAAAUAUGCCGCAACUGCAAGUGUGGCCAGGAAGAGCACGAUGUCCUCACAAGCAAUGAAGAAGACAGGAAAGUGGGGAAACUCUUUGAAGAUACAAAAUAUACGACUCUUAUUGCAAAGCUGAAAAAUGAUGGCAUUCCCAUGUAUAAACGUAACGUAAUGAUUCUGACUAAUCCAGUGCCAGCCAAGAAGAACAUAUCCAUCAACACUGUGACCUAUGAGUGGGCUCCUCCUGUUCAGAAUCAGACACUUGCUAGACAGUAUAUGCAGAUGCUACCAAAGGAGAAACAGCCUGUUGCUGGCUCAGAAGGCGCUCAGUACAGGAAGAAGCAGUUGGCUAAGCAGCUGCCUGCUCACGAUCAGGAUCCUUCAAAAUGCCAUGAGCUAUCCCCCAAUGAAGUUAAACAGAUGGAACAAUUUGUGAAGAAGUACAAAAAUGAAGCACUUGGUGUAGGAGAUGUGAAGCUCCCUGGUGAGCUGGAAACUAAAGCAACUGACAAGAAUAACGUGAACAGUGGGGACAGAAGUACCUCAGCUGCUGUAGGAGCAAUGGAGGACAAGUCAGCAGAUCAGAAGGCAUCUCAAUACUCCUGCUAUCGCUGCAAGCUGAACAUGAAAGAAGGUGACCCAGCUGUCUAUGCAGAACGUGCAGGAUAUGACAAAUUGUGGCACCCAGCUUGUUUUGUCUGUUGUACCUGCAGCGAACUUCUAGUAGACAUGAUCUAUUUCUGGAAGAAUGGCAACCUGUACUGUGGAAGACAUUAUUGUGAUAGUGAAAAACCCCGCUGUGCUGGAUGUGAUGAGCUAAUAUUCAGCAAUGAAUAUACUCAAGCAGAAGGUCAAAACUGGCAUCUGAAACACUUCUGCUGUUUUGACUGUGAUUGUGUUUUGGCUGGAGAAAUCUAUGUCAUGGUGAAUGACAAGCCAGUCUGCAGACCAUGCUAUGUGAAGAAACAUGCUGCGAUCUGCCAAGGCUGUCAUAACGCUAUAGAUCCAGAGGUUCAGCGUGUGACCUACAACAACUUCAAUUGGCAUGCUACACAGGAGUGUUUCUUGUGUUCCUGUUGUAGCAAGUGUUUAAUUGGCCAGAAGUUUAUGCCAGUGGAAGGGAUGGUCUUUUGCUCAGUGGAAUGUAAGAAGAAGAUGAUGUCUUAAGGGGUGACAUGCAGAAAACUAAGCAUUGCUCUGUUCCAAAGGCAUUUGCAUUUCUACUGUAAAAUACGUAGAAUUGUGGCAUUUAAGGUUAUGGAAAGUACUAACUAGCAUUUUCCCAAAGAUUUUUUUUUUUUUUUAGUGACUAAUUCAUGUCCUGUAAUCUUGAUUCCUUAGCUGUAACGUUUUAUUCUUUGGGAUCUUGCCCCCGAGUCUUAUGUCAAGUGUCUUCAUAUCCCAGAACUGUAGGAAAAAGUAUGUUAUGAACUCUACACACUUUAGGGAACUCUUCACUAUGAAGGAUCUUUUCACUGUGUCCUUUGUAAUGAAAGAAGAAAAUGUGAAUGUGCUCCAUUUUUUUUCUUAUACAACCAUGUUGCUUUUCCACUUUCAGUUUGACAAGUUAUUUAUGUCUCAGUUUCCCUGCUUUCAUCAAGCACUUUAGACAAGAUGAUCAGCUUUACUGCCACAUACAGUUUUGUUCACUAGACCUCAAGUGGGCAGGGAGAAUGAAGUUGUUUUGUUUUAAAGCUGCAUGUAGUUUGUUGUUUUUUUUGCUCCUGGUUGACACAUGGGUUGUUGAGAAAUAGGAACUACUCUCACAUCUAGUUUGUAAAGUACCUGCAUCACUGAAAAACUGGUUUGUCUCAUGUUUCUUCUUACUACUUUUCAUGUGCAGUUUUCAUGUUAUGAAUAUUGAAGUUACUUUGCAAGGGUUUCUUUUGCUUCUAUCUUUUGUGAGUUUUUGGUUUGGUUUGGCUUUAUGGUUGCUUUUGCUUGUUUGUUUUGGAGGGGAGGGAUGACGGUGGAGAAAAUCUAAGGGGACAUCCUACCCAAAUUAAAUAAAAAUCCACUACAACUUGUGGAUCUGGCUUCUGCUUCUCAUGAAUGUUCUUUUUGCAUAUUGUGCCUUCUGUCGGAGAAACACAGCACAGGGGUACCGUAUGCAUUCCCAAGUAAGUCAUACUGCAAAAGGUUUGUACUUAGGCUUUUGAAUUGUACGUUCUUAACCAAAGCAGAAAGAAGUCUCAACUAGAAGGCUUCCAGUUUUUGAAUAAAAAGUUCACUCUUAUGUAUCUCCUUUGCUUAUUAGAUAAGCCAAAUAAAUUGAUUCCUGUGGUGUUUGUCUUCUUUUCCUCCCCUUAAAGGAUUACAGAUCUACAGUGAGAUUUGUUUGCUAUCUCUGUGCCGAAGAGGGAAUCUUUAGCCUCAAAAAAAGAAAAAAAAAAUACUAUGCAAAGUUUGAUGUUCAGCUUUAAGUUUGAUGAUGCUGAUAUUGUAACACUUACAAAUAAACAUUGGUAUUGCUCACUUGAA